GAAUUCGUUCUGUCUGGUAUUCGCACCAAGCAAAUAUGGAUACCCUCGUGGCUAUUGGAACCACCGUGGCAUACUUCGGAUCUUUGUUCAAUGUCCUAAUACCAAUCGUCGAGCAUAGAAGUGAACCGGGCCAGCAAUUUUUUGAAACCAGUGUGUUUCUAAUUACUUUUAUUUGGUUGGGAAGGUGGUUGGAGGCAAAGGCAAAAGGUAAAACCUUUGAGACCAUUACAAAGCUGAUGGAGUUGCAGCCGGAAAAAUCGACGCUUGUUACUAUUAAACGUGAUCCUCAUGGACAUGAACUUAUCAUCGAGAAAGACAUUGAUCUAGAGCUUAUUCAAGUCGGCGAUAUUCUGAAAGUCAAUCCUGGUUCACGGGUGCCUUGCGACGGUGAAAUAUUUCGAGGAACGACAUCUUUGGAUGAAUCCACGUUAACGGGUGAAUCAAUCCCCGUAACCAAAUCCGUGGGUGAUAAUGUCAUCACUGCAACGGUAAACUUGACGUCGAUGAUUUGGAUGAAAGCCACGCGCGUCGGUUCAGAUACAACACUUUCUCGGAUCAUCGAUCUCGUUCAGCAAGCACAAUCGAGUAAGAAGGCUCCCAUUGAAGCACUAGCCGACAGAAUCGCACAGGUCUUUGUGCCUACGGUGAUCACACUUGCUAUCAUUGACUUCAUUGUGUGGAUCUCGUUGGGUGCUGUAGGAAAAAUUCCGAGCUCUUGGUUAUCUUCCAACGAAAACCAUGCCAUUUUCGCUCUUUUCUUUGCUAUUUCGGUUAUGGUUAUUGCUUGUCCUUGUGCCAUGGGUCUCGCCUCACCUACUGCCAUCAUGGUUGGCACUGGUGUAGCCGCUCGUUAUGGUAUUUUGAUCAAAGGAGGUGGUGAGGCUAUAGAGACGGCCUUUCGACUUAACACUAUUGUAUUUGACAAAACUGGAACCUUGACCUAUGGGAAUCCUCAGGUUGUUGACUCCAAAAUUUUGCACGAAGAAUCAUUUCCCGACUCAACUAACAACGAAGAAAACUUUCAUAACGAGUUACUCCUACAAAUCAUUAGGCUUGUAGGAUCUUCGAGUAAUCAUCCUUUGGCAAAAGCAGUAACCCAUCAUGUGGAAGAACGUCUGUCGGAGAAGAAAGACAAUUAUCGCAUGACUAUUAAAUCUGUUACCGAGGUCCCCGGAAAAGGUCUUCAAGCUACCGUAAUAAUACACGACAAUGCACUACAGAAUUUGUUACCAACCGAAACAAAUAUUGAUAUUUCAAAGAUUUUAUCUUACAAUGUCUUUAUUGGUAAUGAACGAUGGCUCAAUGAGAAUGGUUGUGUUUAUUCAUCCUAUUUCGCGCACGAACUCUCGCUUCAAGAAUGGCAAAAUUCAGGAUAUUCAAUAGUUCUGGUUGGGUUUUCGGCAAAUCUUGAGGACGAAAAGUUGAAUCAGGAAAAAUCUGGAUAUGUUUUAGCUCAGUUUGGAAUAGCGGACACACCUAGACCGGACGCGUCGAAAACCAUCACGAUAUUAAAAUCUUUGGGAAUUGAUGUCUGGAUGAUGACAGGAGACCAUCCGAUUACCGCGAAAUCUAUAGCCAACCAACUAGGAAUUGAAAAUGUUCUCGCAGAAGUCACUCCAGAAAUGAAGGCCGAAAAAGUAAAAUGGUUACAACGAAGAGGACGUGUGAUCAAUUCGAAUCGUCACAAAUUUUCGAAAUUUCUUUGUCGAGGUAAUGACACCACGGAACAAAUACAAAGGUCAAUUGUUGCAAUGGUAGGAGACGGAAUUAAUGAUUCUCCAGCAUUAGCACAGGCUGAUUUGCCAAUUUCAAUUGCGAGUGCAACUGAUGUUGCGAUAGAAUCGGCCUCGAUAAUUUUAACUAGAUCGACGUUAAUCUCUUUGAUUACUUUGAUUUCCUUAUCAAAAUCUAUAAUAUUUAGGAUUAGAUUAAAUUUUAUGUGGGCUUAUAUUUAUAACACCUUGGCUAUACCAAUAGCGGCUGGU